UCAUGGCAUCAGUUGACUAGACAUAAUUCACCUUUAUAAAGCAUCGCCACUUUACAAAAAAGAGAAAACUUGAGUAAAAGCCAAGAAAUUACACUUACAUUAGUUCUGAGGCAAAAUUAUUGUUCCUCCAGCUCUUUUUAUUUGAAAGCUAUAAAAUCCAGGAUGUAAAGUUUUUGUUUAAAUUCUUUAUUAGGCAGCCUAAAAAGCUGGAAUAAAGUAUUCAUCUGCUAAGACAAUACUUUUUGCUCAUCGAAAGACUUUUAAGGAUGAGUUGAUAAGAAAUAAAUUGGCAGCAGUAUAAAAUUAAAUUAUAUUCUGAAAUAGAAUUCAAUAAAGGCAAAGUGUUGCGGAUAUAAAGUUAAAUAAAGUGGAGAUUAAAAUAACAUUCAAAUAAUUAGCAGAGUUGGAAUGUGAU